AUGGUGGACUUGGAAGAACCAACUCUAUCGGAAGAAGAAUUGAAACUCAAGUUAUUUCAUAACUUUCGCCAGCGUGGGAUAUUGACGACUUUGAAGUCUCAAUUGCGCAAGAAAAUGGUUGAUGAGCUUCAGCAACGCCAAGGCGUAUUAACAUCCAACAUCAAUCAUUGUGAACAAACUGUCAAUCAAUUAAAUUUGGAUGUGGGCAAUAGCAUCAUUUGCAACCAUUUAAAGACGUAUCGAUACGAUUACGCUUUAUCGGUCUACCUGCCAGAAUGCAAUUUAUCAGAAGAUAAGGUAUACAACAUACCCGAUAUCAUCGAUUUUAUGAAGUUUCAACCAAAUGAUCCGUUCUAUCGUAAAGCCAUUGCUUUAACAACCACCGCGGAACAAAGUCUUUUAAUAGUAUUGUUAGAUUACUUCUUGAACCAAAAUCAAGUCAAACCAAUUCCUCGAUUGGAUAAUAGCUACCAAAGACUUCAAAUUUUAGAUCAAACCGUAAUGGACAGCCAUCAUACCCGUGACAAGAAUCACGAUUCUGUGGAAGAUAAAUUAAUUGCUAUGGAAAAAGAAAUAGAAACAAGAUGUAUCGCGCAGGCAAAAGUUGAAAUGGAACGAUUCGAAAAUGUAACCCUUACUAAGAUGCGCCUGGAAGAACGAACCAAAUACCAGCAAGAAUUGCAGACCAUAAGGAAAGAGCUAGAGCAAGACUAUUAUCAAAAAAAGGAAGCGCUACGAAGGAAAGAAGAAGAUACGAUGCAACACCUUCGUAAUCAAGAGUUAGAAAAGGAAGCCCAAUUGCAUUUGCAGCGCCAAUCAAUACUUGAACAACUAGAAAUGGUUCGAUCAAAAGAACUGGAAUUGAAGCGUUGUUUUGAGCUUAACGAACAAUCUCAAAAAUUAGAAAGUGAGAAAGCCCGAGCUGCCGAAGAGCGCAUCCGAAUGAAGGAAACUUCAAUCAGUAAUUUAGAGCAAAGAUAUCAGCGGGAUCUGGAAGACAAUAUUACCAGGCAUGAUUCUACUGUCUGUCUUACGUUACUAUCAAAGAAGUGA